UCGUAAAGUUCAUAGGUUUAAGAGAAGCGAAGGUUCCGGGCUAGUUUGUGCUUCAGACUUCCACAUUUCCGUUUAGAGUUGGGUGAAGUGGUUAGAACUGAAAGGGAACAGCUGGAGUCAAACAAUUUAACUCAAAUAUCUGGGAACGAUUUCGCGCUGAGGAAGACCCUUUGGGACUUGUAGCUCCACUCCGGGGAACAGACUCGCCGGCCUGACAGUUGCCGGAAGUGAGGCUGCGGGGAAUGGCCGCCGCUGCGACCAUGGCGGCUGCCGCCCGGGAACUGGUGUUGCGGGCAGGGACGUCAGACAUGGAGGAGGAAGAGGGCCCGCUGGCGGGUGGUGCUGGGCUCCAGGAAUCACUGCAACUUGGGGAGUUGGAUAUCACUUCUGAUGAGUUCAUCCUGGAUGAAGUGGAUGUUCACAUUCAGGCAAAUCUGGAGGAUGAGUUAGUAAAGGAAGCUCUUAAAACGGGUGUAGAUCUUCGUCACUAUUCAAAACAAGUUGAACUGGAGCUACAGCAGAUUGAACAGAAAUCCAUUCGGGAUUAUAUUCAAGAGAGUGAGAAUAUAGCAUCUCUGCACAACCAGAUCACAGCCUGUGAUGCUGUCCUGGAGCGAAUGGAGCAGAUGUUGGGAGCUUUUCAGAGUGACCUCAGCUCCAUCAGCUCUGAGAUCCGGACACUGCAGGAACAGUCAGGAGCCAUGAACAUUCGACUUCGAAAUCGCCAGGCAGUUCGGGGGAAACUUGGGGAGCUUGUUGAUGGUCUGGUCGUGCCUUCUGCUCUGGUCACGGCAAUUCUGGAGGCUCCAGUGACAGAGCCCAGGUUCUUGGAGCAGCUACAGGAGCUGGAUGCCAAGGCAGCUGCAGUCAGAGAGCAGGAAGCUAGAGGCACAGCAGCCUGCGCGGAUGUCAGAGGCGUGCUCGAUCGGCUCCGGGUCAAGGCAGUGAUGAAGAUCCGAGAGUUUAUCCUCCAGAAGAUUUAUUCCUUCAGGAAACCAAUGACCAACUAUCAGAUCCCCCAGACGGCCCUGCUGAAGUACAGGUUCUUCUAUCAGUUUCUGCUGGGCAAUGAACGAGCAACAGCAAAGGAAAUCAGGGAUGAAUACGUGGAGACGCUGAGCAAGAUCUACCUGUCUUACUACCGCUCUUACCUGGGGCGGCUCAUGAAGGUGCAGUAUGAGGAAGUUGCUGAGAAAGAUGAUCUAAUGGGCGUGGAAGAUACAGCGAAGAAAGGAUUCUUCUCAAAGCCAUCACUCCGCAGCAGGAACACCAUUUUCACCCUAGGAACCCGUGGCUCUGUCAUCUCCCCCACUGAACUUGAGGCCCCCAUCCUGGUGCCUCACACAGCCCAGCGUGGAGAGCAGAGGUAUCCAUUUGAGGCCCUCUUCCGCAGCCAGCACUACGCCCUCCUAGACAAUUCCUGCCGCGAAUACCUUUUCAUCUGUGAAUUUUUUGUUGUGUCUGGCCCGGCUGCACAUGACCUGUUCCAUGCUGUCAUGGGCCGUACACUCAGCAUGACCCUGAAACACCUGGAGUCCUAUCUCGCUGACUGCUACGAUGCCAUUGCUGUUUUUCUUUGUAUCCACAUUGUUCUCCGGUUCCGUAACAUUGCAGCAAAGAGGGAUGUUCCUGCUCUGGACAGGUACUGGGAACAGGUGCUUGCCUUGCUAUGGCCACGGUUUGAGCUGAUCCUGGAGAUGAAUGUCCAGAGCGUCCGAAGCACUGACCCCCAGCGCCUAGGGGGGUUGGAUACUCGGCCCCACUAUAUCACACGCCGCUACGCAGAGUUCUCCUCCGCUCUUGUCAGCAUCAACCAGACAAUUCCCAAUGAACGGACCAUGCAGUUGCUGGGACAGCUGCAGGUGGAGGUGGAGAAUUUUGUCCUUCGAGUGGCAGCCGAGUUCUCCUCAAGGAAGGAGCAGCUUGUGUUUCUGAUCAACAACUAUGACAUGAUGCUGGGUGUGCUGAUGGAGCGGGCUGCAGAUGACAGCAAAGAGGUUGAGAGCUUCCAGCAGCUGCUCAAUGCUCGGACACAGGAAUUCAUUGAAGAGUUGCUGUCUCCCCCUUUUGGGGGUUUAGUGGCAUUUGUGAAGGAGGCUGAGGCUUUGAUUGAGCGUGGACAGGCUGAGCGACUUCGAGGGGAAGAAGCCCGGGUAACUCAGCUGAUCCGUGGCUUUGGUAGUUCCUGGAAAUCCUCAGUGGAAUCUCUGAGUCAGGAUGUAAUGCGGAGUUUCACCAACUUCAGAAAUGGCACCAGUAUCAUUCAGGGAGCGCUGACCCAGCUGAUCCAGGUCUAUCAUCGCUUCCACCGGGUGCUGUCCCAGCCGCAGCUCCGAGCCCUGCCUGCCCGGGCUGAGCUCAUCAACAUUCACCACCUUAUGGUGGAGCUCAAGAAGCAUAAGCCCAACUUCUGAUGUGCCGGAAACCACCCUGAGAUCUGCCAGUCAUCUCCAUGGACUUCUGCACCCCAUUCCAUACCCUUCUUCACCUGGGGGUCCCCUUUCCAGUUUUUCCCUUGCCUCCCAGGCCCUUAAUAUGGCUUACCUGCCUUCCCUCCCAGCACCUUGCCCAACAGGAUAAGCUGGAUCUCCUUGGCCGUCUAAAUUUCCCAGUGUCUUCAGGUUUCCCAAGACCACUUCCCUGUGGGCUUCCAAAAUGGCCUUUAUCAUUUCUCCAGUCUGUCACCCUCCUUUCCUGCUCCCAUACACCCAAGGCUUGUUUCUUCCCCUGUAAAAACCGUCACUGCGUCAAUCUCUGGUUCACUCAACUAGUCACCAUGUCUUGAGGCAUGAAGCCUCAGCUCUUGGAAUUGCUGGCAAGGGGUGACUGCCUCUGUCAUUGUGUUUUUCAAAGUGAUUUCUGUAGUUUUUUGACCUGAGAUCUGAGCAAUUUGAACACUAACCCCUCCCCUCCUGGCUCAAGAAUUAAUCCCAAGUCAGUAUGCAGAAAAUAAAUAUUUAAUAUGACAUGACACUUCUCCCAUUUCCUUUCUCCUUCCUCCUGAAGGCCUUAAGGUGGCCCCAUCUCUAGAGUGACCUUUCCUUUCUGACUGCUUCCUGGGCUUAUAUCCCUUAUGGCGGGUGUAACCUCUAACCUCUAGCUACUUCCAGGCCAGAGGAGGAAGGUGGCCCCUGGCUAAAGUAGAUGCUGCAAGGGCUGAGAACCAGGCCGCGCAGCCCCAGACACUAUCUCGAGGGCUCCCUUGGGACAAGCCCAAGCUGACUCUGGAAUCCCUCCUCUGUAGCAGCUCCGUAGCUCCUCUGGUUGUGGCUGUCACAGUCCCUUGCCUCCUGGGCUGCAGCAACCAACCCACACCCACAUCGCUGGGGCAGGGGUAGACGAGGCAAAAUUCAUCCACGUCAUCUAUUUGUUUGACUUGGAGCCUUCCUGCUGCCCAUGCCUAUACGCUUCGUUUGACCUUAGGCUCUAGACUGGAGAGACACAGGGACCCCUUUAAGGCCUAAGAGGAAAGGUGCAGUUGAGGAAAAAUGGUUAUUUGGGGAUGUUUCCUGUCUCCUCCACCCCCACGGCCUAAACAUUCCCUUCCCAGGUCCCUGGAGAGUGGUGGAAAGAAAGCGGAUUCUACUCCCCGCCUUAGGCCCUCCGGAUGCGGGUCUAGACCGCCGGCGACCGGAGGUGUCUUGAGGUUCCGCCCCAUAUCUGAGAGCCGCUCUCUGAUUGGCUUGGGAAGCCGUAUCUCAGCGCUUUGGCCUAGCGACUUUGAAAGUGUUUACGCCUGAGACCGAAGUGCAGAGGAGGGCGAGCAGAGGCGGAGAGGAUUGGAGAAUCAGCGAUUUCUGAUUGGCCAGGCGUGUCUUGAGGGCGGGGCCAGAACUGCGUCCUUAAGUGACCUCGCACUUGCUCCGCUCACCCGCUCCGCGUUAUUCAGGGUUUACACCGCCUGACUCACUGCGCUAUGCGUUCCCUCACACCUGCUGGAUGCCAGGCGGCGGUGUGCCAGGCUCUGAGGGGCCGCGAGCUCACCCCAGACGCCAGCCCCGGGAAUCCUCUGCUCCUCCACUUUCCCUUCCCGCUGCUGCUUUCUUGGCUACCCACUCCCAGGUGUCACUCUUGGGGCAUCCAGAUGUUCUGGCAUUUGACCUGACUCCAGCCUAAGCGCGAGGACGGGAGAAAGGCCAAGGAACCCAAAUCCUCAGAGCUGACCGAAAAGCGCGUGUUGUUGAAGUCGCUGAGGGGCAGACGCGCGGAAUGUGAGCCGUGGGGCAAAGGGACAGCUCCGGAGGCUCGAGAUUCCGGAACCCGGGUGAUCCAGAACAGACGAUGAAGAGACAGACUAGCGUGAAAGGGAGCAGCGAUGCCUACACUGACCUCCGGAGGGCAGCAUGAUCAAGGGAAGGAGCUGUUCACGCUCCGCUCAAACCCCCGCGCAGCCUCUGCGGCUUACUCCCGCUUCCCAAGGCUGCGAGGUUCCACCCCCACCACCGCCGGCCCCCGCCGCCCUCUUCGCGCUGAAGCUGCGGAGGGUCUGUUUCUUCAGCCCAAAAUCCUCUGCUCUGUGGUUUAAGAUUCCCAGGCUUAAACUCGUAACUCCUCAAACUUCUCCCACACUUGUUUUGCUGAUGACGGACACAGGGGCCUCACAGACUCAGAAGCAUCUGGAAUCAUUCCGAAGGACAUAACUGUGUCAUUAUCCUCUUUCCCCCUGCUAAUCUCUGAGAACAGUGUCUGUAUAUGGCACAGGGGUUCCUAGUGUUAUAUAGAAGGACUUGGAGAUGUCCUCAUGGGCUGUAACAGCCCCCAGUGCUAUUCAGGGAUCUCUGUCCUUUAAAGAGAUAUCAUUUCCCUUUA